AACUAUAUAUUAACGCUUUCUCCGAAUAUUGUUCAUGUCAGACGAGAUCCUCCAAGUGAAAUAUUCGGGCAAGAGACUUUCUUUAAAGAACAUGUAGGUGAUCUUAUGCGAAUUGAAGCCUUACUUCUGUAUGGAGGAAUUUACUUGGACACCGAUAUCGUUGUUGUGAAAUCGUUAGAACCACUCCGGACGCACCCUUGUACAAUGUCGUCACAGUCAUCCGGUACUGUGUCGUCUGCUUUUAUAAUGGCGGAACAAAAUGCUACCUUUUUACAGAAAUGGUUAGAUGGAUACAGAUAUCAUUACAAUGGUAAAAAUUAUGUAUACAAUGCUAUGGUGUAUCCAAAACACAUUGCAAAGAAAACAAGGACCUUAUACAUGUGGAACUGGGAAAACUGUCCCGACCAUGGACACAAAUUGGUCAUACUAUCUUUCGUAAAAAUUGUAACUGGAGUGGAAUUUAUGGAAUACACUUAUUUACUAGAUUCAACUGUUGGGUCUAUCUGUAGACAUGUCUUGUUUGGAAACAAAGAACUUUGUUUCACCUGA